CUGGAGGUACCCAACACGAAAUUUGCCAGUUCCUGUAUGCCGAUGGGGAUCGUGCUCUGGCUCCUCAUUGGUGCCUUAAGAGAAGCCGAUGCUCUGAACAGUGAGCCCGGGGGAAGAGAGCGCCCGUGUGCGGAUCGCCUCCCACCGUGCCUGUUCUCCCAGCUGCUGGCAGUGAGCUCUGGCGUGCCGGAGGAGCGGAGGGGAGAGCGAGAGUGAGCCCAAAGGGAGGUGGCCACCCCGCCGCGGCGGCCACUCCUCGCCACCCUGCAGCGGAGACAACCGGCUCCUGCCAGGUAGAUGCCCGCGGGGGAGAAGAGAGCUUCAGCUGAACUGAUGCAUCUCGGCACCUGAUAGCAGGCUCAGCUUCUGACAUGAAGAAGGAUAUAGAGUCUUUAAUAGUCCAGGAAAAAGCGGAGAUAGUUGCCAAGUAUGAGAAGGGCAGGCAGGCAGGAGCUCAGAUUGACCCAUGGGAAGAUGCCGAUUUCACACUGUAUAAAGUUACAGACCGGUUUGGAUUCCUGCACGAGCAGGAGCUGCCAACCCGCACGGCCUUGGAAGAGAAGCAAAAACAGCAGGAAAUCGAACGCGUGGACAAGUGGCUGAAGAUGCUGAAGAAAUGGGGCAAAUACAGAAACAGUGACAAGAUGUGCCGGCGAGUGUACAAAGGGAUCCCGCUUCAGGUGCGAGGCCAGGUCUGGUCACUUCUGCUGGAUGUUGAGAAGAUGAAGAAGGAGAAUGAAGGAAAAUACGAGCAAAUGAAAGAACAAGCAAAGAGCUUUUCGUCAGAAAUCAAACAGAUAGAUUUGGACGUCAACCGCACCUUCCGAAACCACAUCAUGUUUCGGGAUCGCUACGGAGUGAAGCAACAGGCGCUCUUCCAUGUCCUGUCCGCAUACUCAGUUUAUAACACCGAAGUGAGCUACUGCCAAGGGAUGAGCCAGAUCGCAGCCAUCCUCCUGAUGUACUUAAACGAAGAGGAUGCGUUUUGGGCGCUGGCGCAGCUGCUGACCAACCAGCGGCACGCCAUGCACGGUUUUUUCAUUCCUGGGUUCCCGAAGCUGCAGAGAUUUCAAGCUCACCACGAGCAGAUAUUAAGCAAGCUGUUUCCCAAACUGAAGAAGCACAUGGACAAGGAGCAGAUGACUACGGGGAUUUACACGACCAAGUGGUUCCUGCAGUGUUUCAUUGACCGGACACCCUUCACCCUCACCUUGCGGCUGUGGGAUAUCUACAUCUUGGAAGGAGAGCGGGUGCUGACGGCCAUGGCUUACACCAUCCUCAAACUGCACAAAAAACGCUUGCUGAAGAUGACGCUGGAGGAUUUACGGGAAUUUCUGCAGGAGAAAAUCGCUGCUUCCCUGCAGUAUGAGGACGAUGCUGUCAUCGAGCAACUGCAGGUGUCGAUGACUGAGCUGCGCAAGAUGAAAUUUGACCUCCCCCCACCAGCAAAGCCUGAGGAGUUCCCACGGAAACCCCUGGGCCUGGAGCUCUCCCUCAACCUAGUAGCUGUGAAGGGCAACGUGGCGGCCAACGGCCAGAAUGGCCGGGUGAGUGAGCACGCCCUGGACAGGGAGCCCCAUCCCCCCAGAGGUCCCGGGGUGCCUGGAGGAACGACAGCAGCAGAGGCAAGGACUCCCACCCUCCAGGGCAGUGAAGCAGCUGAAGGGACAGACAUCCACCUGCAUCCUCCUGGCGGGGGGCCGCCGGGAGAGGAAGGUCAGGUGGAGUCCGCCGGGGACGGGCAGCCGCCGUCUGUUCUGAAGGCAAGCGAGACACAGGUCCAUCAUCACCUCCUGCCCACAGCCCUGCCUCUGGAGCAGCCUCUUCUUGUUCCCAGCUGCACCAUGGUGGACCACGAUUCAGUCUCCCUCCCCGCCCCAGCUGAGCACGGCUCCUUGGACUCCUCUCUCCAAAAUGUGUCGAGUCCUCCCACCUUGAGCACCACUGACCUUCCCGCUAUGGACCAUGCGGUAUGCCAGCCCAAUCCUGCUGCCCUGCCGGCGGGAGAACAAGAAUCUUCCCUCUGCAAAGAGAAAGCACUUGAUGCACCCCCUCAUCCUCUGCCGGGCGGCUGGCAGCGGCUUCCCGGCACGCCGCAGCACACCGGCUCCCCCAGGAGUGAGCACGGGGAGGACACAGCCGAGAAGCGCUGCAGAGCGGUGCUGCCGGACAAAACGGACUUGAAGUGCUUGGCAUCCAAAGCUGCAUCCAUGGGGGAGCUUGCCAGGCUGCCGCAGAACGGGCCAGGGAGUGGCACCGGCUCCGCGCGGUGGCCGGAGGGCUUGGUGGGGACGCUGCCUGCGCAGGGGCUGGCGGGCGGCAGCGUGCCCAUCUUACCCAGCGGCGAGUUGGAGGCAGCGGGGCUGAGCGAGGGCUGCCCCUUCCAGAGGGCACCGGCCCCCGCAGCAGAGGGGAACAGCCCCUACGCCAUUAUCAAAACCACCACUCCCCUCCACCUGGCCCACGCGACCGAACAGGACUUCUCAAACAGAAAGCAGGUGGCCUUGCCUCUGCCAGAGACUGGAUGUCCCCUGCCUGACAGCUCCAUGCCACCAGCUCUUGUGCUGGACCCAGAGAAGGUAGAUUCCGAAAAAAGCCUCCAGAAACCUUUAAACGCACUGAAAGCCCCACGACCGCCCCUCAGCCCCAAACCAAAAUUACCACCACAGGUUGCCAAAUCCCGCUCGGAGAACAGUUUCCUUUCAGGCUCUCCUCCCCUGGCAAAGCUGCCCAAAUCGGUGACAUUUUAGUGAGGAUGGGGGAGGUGAGGGAGAGGAAGCAGGUGCUGGAGCAGCACCCUCACCCUGUUUUUGGGACACACACCCCCCCUCUCAGCAGGUCUGUGUCGGGGUGACAGCACAGCAGCCAUCGCCCGUUGAGCUGUGCUUUGGUACGAGCACCCGGCGAGGAGAUGGAGUAGUGGCCACCAGCGCCAGGAGGUGGCUGGCAAAUUGGGUUUGCAUCUUUGCUAUGGACAAAUUGGAAAGCGCUUUCAUUUUUUAUUCCUCCAAGCUCCCCGAGCCUCCUUGGCCUGUCAGGGGAGAGGCAGGGCCGGCGAAUGUGUUGCGUGUUUUCUUCUGCUCUCUGGGUACCCGUGGCUGAUGGAAGUAGGCGCAAGGCGCAGGAGUCCAAAAUGCUUUCUUUAAAAUACCUGAGUGGCGCAGCCAACAGCAGUGUGUUCAAAGGCCUUUGUAGCAAUAGAUCUUUAUUUCUUUUACCAGACCCGUGGUUGUAGGCAGCAGCGUUUUCGGGCAGGGCCACGGCAUCCCAGCAGGGUGCGGGCAGCCCACUGCCUACUCUAUGCAGUUCCACGGAGCAGUGCCCAGCUGUAUCCGACUCCUGCGGCGGCGGUGGAUGGUGUCCCAGAGGGGAGGUUUAACAGCUGGUGAGUCCCUGGGGGGGGGGUCUUGGUUGACCCUGGUGGAGGACUGCCAGCAGGGUGGGUCUUUCCCAAGUUCUCAAGGUGACAAGGGCAGCAGUGAAGGUUGUUGAGCCUGGUCUCUUGGGCUGAGUGGCAUUUCUGCUGGCCUCUCCCUCGCAGGUCCAGCGCGGCGAGCGGGCUCGCUGCCUUUUCGUUGGCUGGACAGGAAAAGGGGCUGCUGCUGCCUUGGGAAACCUCCCGCCUUCACUGGCAAGCUGCUGGAGGUGUGCUGGUGUCUAACCACGGUGCCCACACUGAAGCCCGCUUUUACUUCGAGCAAGUUAAAUGUCAGGGUGGAAAUGGCAUAGGAGUUGGGGAAGGGGAGCACGUUGCCCAGAUCUCAGCCCUUCUGGCUUAGCCCACCCAGAAAUCAACAACCAAGGAAGGAAACCUGGGCACAGAGGUUUGGGAGACGAUGCUGUAGAGCAUCAACAUCACCACAGCCCACUGCUGAGGAAAUAAUGUGAUGGGUGCCCACAUGCCCACUUGCCCUUCAUGCACCAAGACCUGAUGAUCUGUCCCAAGGUGUUACUGCUGCACAGCCCAAACCAUUGGCAGGGACCCAGGGACAUCUCACCCCACUGAAAAAGCUGGGCCAAACUCCUGUUCCAGGAUCUACUUCACCCCUACAGGUAAAGGGACUUCAUCAGGAAGGAAGAUCAAUGGAAGCAGCAGGAAAUACAGUCCAGAUGUGCUGUGUUUGACUCUGAUGUCCAGAAGGGGUGGCUGCAAAUGCCACCUUAGAUGGGACUGCAGGCAGGAUUCCCAUCCCUUCAGUGAAGACCCUGGGCAAAAGCUCCCUUAAGUUCUGAGGACACUUUGAGAACUUCUUUUUUUCCCCUCACAGGCUGCUUCAGUGCCAUAACCUGAUCUGAAGCCUACCUGGAAGCCCAGCAGAAAACUUCCCUAAAUCACUUGGUGGGGUUUAGCAGGGUUGGUUUUUUUCUUGCGUGCCUGUGGUGGUUUAAAUUUGCAGCAAGGGAGAGCAUUGAAGGGAGCACCCCAUUAUUGUUUGGAUGUAGCCAGCCAGACCACAGCACCCUCAGCAUCUGUUGCAACCCCUGCUCUGUUGGAGACCCCCCCCAUCUUCUGCUGAGGCUUCAGCCUUGCUCGCCCUCGCUCCCUCUGCAAAGCAGGGAUAACCCUACCAGCUACCUCGCAGAGGGUGUUGUGAGGAGUCCAGAGUUGCUCUUUGAGGAGAAGUGCUGUAUGAAUGUUCAGUAUUUGUGUUUUGAGACAUCACGGGUCCUUUCUAGGACAACGGUGCUUUAAUUGGUUUUCAUUUAGAGUACGUUUUUCAGUAACCGACAGUAGUUAAACCUAUUUGUGUGUUACAAUACCUGGGCAGUAUUUCAGGACAGGGAUCAAUUGCCUUUUGCUAGUAGCCCCCUGGCCACUGGAGCUCGCUGGGAAGCAAGAAGCAGCAUCUGAGGGCUGGUGAUCACCUCUUGCCUUGGUUUCUGUAGCUUGGGGGGGGGGAUGUCUGUCCUCUCCUUGAAGCACACACAGGACUCCUGCUAAAACACAUCUGAGUGUUUGGUUCGCUCCUGCAAGAGCUGAGACCUUUCUUGCCCUCAUUUCGGGCAUACCGCUUUUGUACAUCAUGUUGCACGUGUGCCCAGGUUCCUCACCCAGCGUGGGGCUGGGAUCUUUUGCAGUAUUCAUAUUUAAAACCAUGGUUUGCUCUACUGAAGAGCUGUCAAAUGCACAGUACCCAUUGCCUGGUGUUUGGUGCAUGGUGUUCAACAAGAAUUGGGGAGGGGGGGUGUGGGAUGUUCCUCCCCUCCAAGCCCUAACAGGAACAAGCAGCAAGGUCUUUGGUCACCUCCAAGCCUCGGGGAAGCCAGCAGCUGGUUUCAGUGACACAGGAGCCCUGUUCCCACCAGUGUGAAUCUUGCUGGGAAGGUCUCCGAGCUCUUCCCUGUGCCACCUAAGAAGCUCUUCACCAACCUGCAGCCCCCGACAGCUGGCAGCUUUGGGACAAGUUCCUGGGGCAAAACAGCCUGAGCUGGCUGGGAACCAGUAAGGUGCUUUGCUUUCCUUGAAGUCAUGUUCUCACUUCAGCACGUCAAGGCGUGAUCUACCAGCUGACGACCGAUGCUCUCUCCUCCUCUGCCUCGCUGCAGAUGAAGGUGCGGCCAUGGCGGGUCUGUGGCAGCAGAGGUGGCCCAGCCAUGUCUCUUGCUCAGGAUAGGAAUGGAAGGAGAGGGGCACGGGUGGCAGCUCAGGAGGACAAAUAAGUAGCCCCACUGGCACCACUGCCCCAGCCUUCUAAAGUGGCCUCAGCCCUGGAGCAGAAGCCACUCUUACCAUGGACAAACUCAGGAAAGCAGCCCACCCCCCAACCUCCCACCCCCCCGCAGCCCUGGGAUGGCUCUCGCCUUCCUCUCCUCUGUGUAGUUUUAAAAAGAUCAACGUUGCAGGGUUGGGGUAUUUUGGGGGUUUUUCUUUUGUUGUUGUUGUUUGUAAUUGAGCACUUUGAGUGGCUGGGGGACCGGUGGGCAGCACGGGGGAACGGGGACGGCAGCCUGGGACAGGGGUCAAGGUCAGGGCCCCUUGGCUGUGCACUUUGAGAGCCCGGCUACCGUCUGCUUUUCUUUUCUAAUUGCUAGUCUUGUUUACAGCGUGGACCGCUUCCUCCGUGACUCUUUCUAAUGUAUUAU